AUGACCGCCGACGAGCACGGCGUCGCCCCCGACGUGUGGGAUGACUACCCCUUCCUACGUCUCGUCAAGCUGUCGUCGGAUGUCUUGCCAUCGCAUAAAACGGUAGCGAUCGUGGACGGGCGGUAUGGAGGCGUGAGUAUUGGGCGCGACAAGGCGUUUACCCCGCGACUUCGGCUGCCGUCGAUGGAGGUGAGCAAGCACCAUGCGAAUCUGUUUUCUACGUCGCGCGCGCCUAUUCGCUUUUCUAUCGCAGAUACGGGAUCGAUGCACGGCACGUAUGUGCGACGGCGCGCUUCGACAUCGUAUGAGCGGCUAUCGCCACCGAAGCACGCGAGUCGGCCAUGGACGUUGGAGCAUCUCGAUGUCGUGCGUAUUGGGGUUCAGAGCACGGAGUUUGAGGUACACUUGCACGACAAGGAAGCGUGUGACAGGUGCGCUGUGGGGCUGGACGGUCAAAAUGAGCUGUCGUUAGCGCCGACCGCCACGAAAGCCGCACGACGUCCGGCCGCGGAGCCAGUCGUGGGCGAUGGACGGAAGCAGCUCAAGGCGCUCAAAAGCAUGUAUGUGCCACGCACGGUGCCGCAGACCAGCACUGCGUACCGUGAUCGAGCGGCUGUGCGUCGCCGACUGUACCCGCCUGAACCUGCGCCGCCUGCGCCGCCGACGACGACGACGACAACGACCGUGGAGCCGGACAUAGGUCGGCGGAUGCUGCAGCACAUGGCCCAAGGCGCGGAUGUGCCGCUCUUGCGGCAGGCACCGAUUGUGCCGCGAGUGACGCAGGGCCGAGCUGGUCUCGGCAGCGGACGGAUGGUGGAUGCCGAUACCUAUGGGCGGACUAAAUGA